AUGAAUGAAGAGUCUUAAGAAUGGAACAUAAAUUGCUUGAAGCUUUUCCGAUCAACUUUUAUCGCCGGAGUUUCACUGUAGCUCUGACGGAGACGUGUGCUUGCCAGGAUUUCGUAAUCUGAACACAGAGAGGAUCGAUCAAAAAUACUAUACUCAACUCUCCCUUGAAUCUGCAGGUAUAUUUAGGAACAAAAAGAUGGUGCAGUUCUCUUCUAUUUUCACUGGCAUUACGAAAUCCAUUGCAAUCAGGAAUGGGAAGAAAAGUAAACAUGAUGACGGAAGGGAAACUGCGGAUGCACUGGCUAAGGAAGCUAAAAAGAACGAGAUGAUGUUAACGUCAUCUGGCUCUGUAGCUGGUGCUUCUCACAACUUGGCUGUUGUUUUCUCCAAAGGAGGGAAGAAAGGUAUCAAUCAGGAUAGAUUUGUUGUGUGGGAGGAUUUUGGAUGCCAAGAUGACAUGAUUUUCUGUGGGGUGUUUGAUGGGCAUGGUCCUUGGGGUCAUCUUGUUGCUAAAAGAGUCAGAAAACUGAUGCCAACAGCUUUGCUUCGUAAUUGGCAGAAACGAGUUGCCCACACCGUGGAUGGUACUAAUGGGAUAUCAAUAGAUAGAAGUUGUUUCCAGUUUGACAUUUGGAAGCAGUCCUACUUUGAGACUUGCUCCAUCAUCGAUCAAGAGCUCGAGCAGUAUGCUGACUCUUUCUACAGUGGUACCACAGCUUUAACGCUCGUUAGACAGGGUGGUCUGCUGGUAGUAGCAAACGUUGGAGAUUCUCGAGCUGUAUUGGCAACAACAGAUGAUGAUGGUAGAUUGGUAUCAGUUCAGCUCACCGUUGACCUCAAACCUAACUUACCUCGGGAAAGCGAGCGAAUAAUGCAGUCAAGAGGGAGAGUGUUGUCAUGUGAGGAUGAACCAGGGGUGUAUAGAGUGUGGAUGCCUACAGUUGAAGGACCUGGAUUAGCAAUAUCAAGAGCCUUUGGUGAUUACUACAUAAAGGACUUUGGCAUUAUUUCUGAACCAGAAUUGACGUCCAGAAAAAUAACACAUAGAGAUCAGUUUGCCAUCUUGGCAACAGAUGGGGUUUGGGAUGUGAUGUCAAAUGAUGAAGCAGUGGAGAUAGUAUCUUCAACAGGAGAAAGGGAAGAUGCAGCUAAGAGGCUGGUGGAAAGUGCUAUUUGUGCGUGGAAACGCAAACGAAGGGGAGCUCCUAUGGAUGAUAUCUCAGCAAUAUGCCUCUUCUUUCAUAACAUUCCUCUUUCAAAACAACAAGCUAAGAGUGUCUAAAAUUCAACAAACUUACAUGAACUACUAGCUGACUUUCAAUUGCUGUUUUUUCCCUAUUUUUUUCAGUACUUAAUGGUUUGUACAUAAGUUCAUACAUACAUAUAUAGGCUCUUCAUGUGUGCUACUAUAUUUCAAUCAGUCAUUGAAAUGGAAAAUCUUGAAAAUCAAAUCAGCUUCAAAGUUAAGGAA